GUAAUGUACACAUGAAAUGAACUGUCUUUCCAACAGCAUUUGCAACAUUCAGACAUAAAUAACAUAACUUUCCUGCGAAGGAAGUUUUAUGUCAUUACAUUAUCACAACUCUUUUGUUUCUCUGGCAUGCAACUAAAAAACUCUGCUGCUGUAGCUCUGGCUUGCAACUAAAAAACUCUGCUGCUGUAGCAAAGCCUCAGUUCUAUGGCUUCCUAGUUGCCCAUUUGAGAAAAAAAAAACCACAAAGAUCUUGAAUUUGGCUGAUUCUGGAAAUGGGUUCUCAGAUAAGGCUUCUGGGCCUGUGUCUUUGGAUGUACUUGGCAUGCUUAAGCUUCAUUGGUGUGGGUGCUGUGUAUGGAAGAGAAGGUGAAGUUUUGGAAGGGAUUGUUUUAGUUCAUGGGAAAACUGCUAUUGGAAGGAUUGAUGAUGAUUCUAUCUGUGCAACCCUGGAUUGGUGGCCUUCUCAGAAAUGUGACUAUGGAAAAUGCAGUUGGGGUCAUGCUUCUCUGCUCAAUCUGGACCUCAACAACAAAAUUUUGUUAAAUGCAGUAAAAGCCUUUUCACCCUUGAAAAUUAGAUUAGGUGGCACUUUGCAAGACAAGGUCAUAUAUGGAACUGAAGAUUGUCGUCAACCCUGUACUCCUUUUGUUUUGAAUGCGAAUGAAAUGUUUGGUUUCACUCAAGGGUGCUUACCGAUGUAUAGGUGGGAUGAGCUAAACAGCUUUUUCCAAAAAGCAGGGGUUAAGGUUGUCUUUGGAUUAAAUGCUCUUGCUGGAAAAUCUAUAAAGUCUGGUUCUGCAGUUGGACCUUGGAACUACACCAAUGCUGAAUCGUUAAUACGAUACACAGUCAGAAAGAAGUACACCAUUCAUGGUUGGGAACUUGGUAAUGAAUUGUGUGGAAAUGGAAUAGGAGCAAGUGUUGCAGCAGAUCAAUAUGCUUUUGAUGUAGGUGCUUUAAGAAACAUAGUUGAAAAUGCAUAUAGAGGGUUUGAACAUAAUAAGCCACUAGUCAUUGCACCUGGAGGCUUCUUUGACUCGGAUUGGUUCAAGGAAUUUAUAAGCAAAUCUGGUAAAUCUGUAGAUGUGGUCACCCACCACAUUUAUAACCUUGGGCCAGGAGUUGAUGACCACAUAACUGAAAAAAUUCUUGACCCUUCCUAUCUGGAUGGAGAGGCUAACACAUUCAGCAGCCUGAAAAGUAUAGUUCAAAGUUCAGCAACCUCAGUAAAAUCAUGGGUUGGUGAAGCAGGAGGGGCUUACAAUAGUGGCCAUCACCUUGUGUCUGAUGCAUUUGUCUACAGCUUCUGGUAUUUAGACCAACUUGGCAUGUCAGCUGUUUAUGACACCAGAACAUACUGCAGACAAAGUUUGAUAGGAGGAAACUAUGGUUUGCUGAAUACUAGUACUUUCAUGCCAAAUCCAGACUAUUAUAGUGCACUUCUAUGGCACCGACUCAUGGGAGGACGUGUCCUCUCAACUACCUUCUAUGGGACAAAGAAGAUAAGAACUUAUGCACAUUGUGCAAAGCAAUCCAAAGGGAUCACAAUACUAGUACUCAACUUGGACAACAGCACCACUGUUGAAGUCAAUGUGGCCUUAAAAUUUAACAAGUUACCAUACCGAAGAGUUGGUGAACCAGCAAGAAGAGAGUACCAUUUAACAGCACCAGACAGGAAUUUACAUAGCCAAACCAUGUUGCUAAAUGGAAAAAUUUUAAGUGUAAACUCAGCUGGUGAAAUUCCUCCUUUGGAUCCUCUAUAUGUAAACUCAAGAAAGCCAAUAAUAGUUGGUCCUCUAUCUAUUGUAUUUGCUCAUAUACCAAAUGUUCUUCUUUCGGCAUGCAGCUAAAGCUAGCUAGCUCAGUGGCACUAGGUGAAACUGAAAAUUGGUUUCACUUGGUGGUUGAUAAAAUAAGAGAUAGUAGAAUACAUGAAAAUUCUGUUUUCAAUUUAUUAGAGAGUGUUGUUCUUUUCUUCUCCACCCCUAAUGGGGCCUAUAGGAUUUUGACUACUAGCUUUGUUUGUUUUCCGAUGCGUACCAUUCAGUUGUUAUGACAAAUUUUAAAUUCUACAAAAUUGAAAGUGACCUUUAAUUUCUUGCCA